CAGGAUCACCCCCCGAUGGGGAUUAUUUAAGCAGUCUGUCUGAAUCAGAGGGGUGUUUCCCUGCCCAGACACAAUAUUCUGCAAUAUCAUUUACUUUAUCUCCGCGAUAGACAGACUCCUGUCUCUCAACUACAGACAGCAUGGUGCACCACCCUGAGUUUGAACGAGCAGGCAAGGAACCUGGGCUCCAAGUGUGGAGAAUUGAGAAUUUUGAUUUGGUGGCAAUUCCUGAGAACCUCUAUGGAGGGUUUUACACUGGUGAUGCUUACGUGGUCCUCAAUACUAUCAAGCAACGCUCUGGCUACCUACAGUAUGACCUCCACUUCUGGCUAGGUGACUACUGCACGCAAGAUGAAAGUGGGGCUGCUGCCAUUUUCACAGUGCAGAUGGAUGACUAUUUGGGUGGAAAGCCCAUCCAGUACCGUGAAGUUCAAGGCCAUGAGUCCAAAGAAUUCCUGGGAUAUUUUAAAAAAGGUCUGCAGUACAUGAAAGGUGGAGUUGCAUCUGGAUUCAAGCAUGUGGUAACCAAUGAAGUUACAGUGCAACGGGUGCUACAGGUCAAAGGUCGUCGUGUUGUCAGAGCAACAGAAGUGCCAGUCAGUUGGGAAAGCUUUAAUCAGGGAGACUGCUUCAUCCUGGACUUGGGCAACGAGAUCUACCAGUGGUGUGGCUCAAAGAGUAACCGCUUUGAAAAGCUAAAAGCUACUCAGCUUGCAAAGGGCAUUCGUGACAAUGAGCGCAGUGGACGCGCUCGAGUGUAUGUGUGUAAUGAAGGGGUGGAACGUGAGAAGAUGUUGGAGGUUCUUGGAGAAAAACCAGACCUGCCUGAAGGAGCGUCUGAUGAUAUCAAGGCUGAUGCCUCCAACAGGAAGAUGGCCAAACUCUAUAAGGUGUCUGAUGCCAGUGGAGACAUGACGAUUGCUCUGGUGGCCGCUGAGAACCCUUUCUCUCAGAGUGCACUGGAAUCAAGCGACUGUUUCAUUUUGGAUCACGGCUCGGAUGGCAAAAUCUUUGUCUGGAAAGGUAAAGAAGCCAAUGUGGAAGAGAGAAAGGCUGCCAUGAACAUAGCAGAAGAGUUUAUUAAGAAAAUGGGUUACCCAAAACACACUCAGGUUCAGAUUCUCCCAGACAUGGGCGAGACGCCUCUAUUCAAACAAUUCUUCAAAAACUGGCGUGAUUUGGACCAGACGGAGGGUCUGGGUGUGGCUUACGUCUCAAACAGCAUUGCUAAGAUCGAGAAGGUGCCAUUCGAUGCUUCAACUCUCCAUGAUUCACCGGCCAUGGCUGCCCAACAUGGAAUGAUUGAUGACGGAAACGGAGAGAAACAGAUCUGGCGUAUAGAAGGAUCAGACAAGGCUCCAGUUGAUCCCUCUACUUAUGGCCAGUUCUAUGGAGGAGACAGUUACAUUAUCCUGUACAAUUACCGCCAUGGAGGCAGACAGGGUCACAUCAUCUACAUCUGGCAGGGUAAGGACUCCUCACAAGAUGAGAUUGGGGCAUCUGCCAUCUUGGCUGCCCAGCUGGACGACGAGCUUGGAGGUGGACCUGUGCAGGUGCGGGUGGUUCAGGGUAAGGAACCUGCUCACCUCAUGAGUCUUUUCGGAGGGCAGCCCAUGGUGGUGCACAAGGGUGGCACCUCCAGGGAAGGCGGUCAGACUGCGCCUGCCGAGACUCGGCUUUUCCAAGUGCGCUCAAACUCGGCAGGGUGCACACGAGCGGUGGAGGUUGAUGCUUUGUCCUCCAAUCUGAAUUCCAACGAUGCCUUCGUCCUGGUGACCCCAGCUGCGUCGUUCAUAUGGGUGGGACGAGGAGCCAGUGAUACGGAGAAACGUGGGGCACAGCAGCUCUGUGAUAUCCUUGGAGUGUCGGCCUCCGAGCUGGGUGAAGGAGGAGAGGAUGGUAGUUUCUGGGAUGCUCUGGGAGGAAAGGCCGAUUACCGCACGUCCUCCAGGCUAAAGGACAAGAUGAAUGCCCACCCGCCUCGACUGUUCGCCUGCUCAAACAAAACUGGGAACUUCAUUAUUGAAGAGGUUCCUGGAGAGAUGACUCAAGAGGACCUGGCUACAGAUGAUGUCAUGAUCCUGGACACCUGGGAUCAGGUGUUUGUUUGGAUUGGUAAUGAAGCUCAUGACGAGGAGAAGACUGAGGCGAUGGCUUCAGCUGCCCGAUACAUCGAGACGGACCCAGCCAACCGUGACCCGCGCACACCUAUCGUGAAGAUUAAACAGGGCUUUGAGCCGCCCACUUUCACAGGCUGGUUCCUGGGCUGGGACCAUGACUACUGGAGCACUGACCCCCUGGAGCGGGCCAUGGCAGAGCUGGAGAUCUGAACUUUGAGCUGUCACCCCUGACCUUUAAACCCCACUGCCUUACUGCAAGUUGCCCUUAGAUAAAUAUAAGAUGCCAAUUUGAUGCUUAUCAGGGUUUAAUCAUGGAUUCAAAAACAAAAGCUUUUCAUGAGUUGGUAUCAAAAGGCAAUUAUUAAUAAGAGCACUUUACUGCUCUGAGCUUCAGUCACCAAACAUAAGGCAACUCCAUUAGGCCUUCACCUCGUUGCUUCUGUGUUUAAGUGUUUUCUUCCUGUGCUCAACAAUGUUUUGAAGACUUUUAAAGCUUUUAGAUUAUGUUUGGUCUGCACACCUUAUGAUGCUGAAGUGCAUGAGCUUGUAUAAGAAAAUAUACAGGAAUAUAUCAUCAUCAAAAUCUUUUGGCAUUCCUUUUCUAUAAACCUUUUUUUUUAUGUGCCCAGAGGUUUACUAGCAAUACUACUUGUGUUCUGAAUUUAUAUUUUUUAAGCUAAACAGUGUUUAUGAUGCCACCAAAAUACUGACCUAAUUGUAGUCUAUAUAUGAGGCGUUUCAACCUUGUCUCUCUUCCAUCUGACACUCAGGAGUUCAUUGCUUGGCUGUGUUCAGAAUAGCAUACUAGCAUACUACUCAUACUGUUCUGUAAGUGUGUGUACAGUAUGCAUAUUUUAUAUGCAUGAAAUCCCCUUGUUAACUUAAUACAUUUGGCAGAAUGUGCAGUAUACAACAAAGCAUGCUGUGUUAAACAUUGUAUCCCACAAUGUUCUACAAUUGUUGUUAACUAAAACUAAAUUACUGUAAAUGAUACAGUUCAAAAUAAAGCUAAAAUAAAAUAAAAAUGAUUGUUGGACAAAGAACUUGAAAUAAAUGUUAAAAUAGGUAAAAUUACUAAACAACUAAAAUAAAAAUGAUCAAUCAAAAAAGAAAAAUUACUAAAUGACUACAAUUAAACUAAAAUGAAAACUGGAAAUAUAAAAGAUGAUUCAAGAUAUAAAAAAAAACUAUAGUAAAAUAUAAAAAAAUACUAACACACUUGAGCAUUCCAGAGGUUAUCGAGUUAUGUUAUUAAUUUAUUUUUUAAAUGAAUGACUGCUUCAUCAGACUGCCAAAAGUUAACACAACUUUUCAUUUUCAUUGACCAUUAUUUGCUGUUUAAAUGUGUAUUGUGACAACAAAGUAGCAUAUUAUUGUUUCAGACGCUUACUGUGAAAUAAUAGCUUUUUCACUUGCUAUUUUUAAGUAGGCAUUAUGCAGUACAUGAGCAGUAUUCAGUAAGUAAUACGCUAGUAUUCACUCCAAACACAGCCAUGGUCCACCUGAGCAAUGACAUCCCUCUACAGGCAGAGGGCGCUGACAAACUUUUCAAAGAACCUAAUUACUGCUUUUUUUAUUCGUCUAAAAAAGGCUAUUCCCAUGGUUUUAGAUUUUAAAAUAGCAAUUUCUUGGCGUGCUUUUUAAAUUUAAGACUGUUAAAUCCAUGACAAUAAUGUUAGAGUUCUAAAAGAGCAUGUCUCGUAAGAGGCCUAGAGAACCAACUUAUUCCUGAUAUGUGAUCAUGAGAAUGAAUGGAUAAAGGUCUGCCGCUCUUUUCUAGGGUCUGAUUUGUUAACAUAUGGGUAGGUUAUCUGCCUAAAGACCAGAUCAAAUUGUAAACCUCAUAGGGCAGAGAUUGGCUGCCUUUGAUAUUUGCUAUAGACUCGUAUAGCAACUUAUUCCAGAUACUCCUGCUUUUGCAAAUCCUUUCAAAAAUCUGUUGAUAAUUCAAUAAAUACAAUAAAGAACCACAA